UGAACUUUUAAUGCAAGUUGUAAACAAAAACAAACCAAGGAAUUUGGAGUCCAGAUUGUUUGCCAGUUUAAAUCGAGUUAAAUAAAUAAAAUAAUAUAAACGAUUCAAAUAUUUAGCAUGUUAUUGAAGAUAAGAAUCGUUAUUUGUAAUUUAAUGCAUUGCGAUAUCCUCAUAAUUAAUUCUAUCCAAAAAAUUUACAAUGUUUCGUUUUGAUCUAAAUAAAACUUCUCAUUAGUUUUUAGGACAGCCAACAGUAUUAAGGGUCUAAUUUAAGCUUGAGUCAGUAAAAUGAUUGAAGGCUCCCACAAUUGGCGUAGUUACCUCUCGAGGAAUGAUUUUGUAGCUGCUCCUGUAUCUUGUUUCAAGCAUGUUGCUUUAUCUAGAAGUUGGGAUAGCAUAACUGCAGGUAUCUUAGUAGAAGUCAGAAGUCCCGACUGUACAACUUGUUGUCCUUCUACUCCCUGCUGUUAUUGGAUUGCUGCAGUUGUUAAAGUGUCUGGUUAUUUAGGUUUGCUUCGAUAUGAAGGUUUUGAAUCUGAUAGUAGUCAAGAUUUCUGGCUUAAUCUGUGUUCAAAUACGAAUAUCCAUCCUAUUGGUUGGUGUGCUGAAAAUGGAAUGCCAUUGGUUCCCCCAAAAUGUAUUGAGGACAAACACACUGAUUGGAAAGAUUACUUAAUGAGAAGGAUUUCUAGAUCUCGUACAAUACCAGCUGAUUUUUCUUACAAAGUUGAGGAGCACAAACAUACCACAAUAAAAAAAGGAAUGAAUCUUGAAGUAGUCGAUAAAAAUUUAAUAUCGGCUGUAAGACCAGCAACAGUUAGUGAAGUGAUUGGAGGCCGGUUGCAUGUGAAAUAUGAUGAUACAGAAGCGUCUGAUGAUGGUUUUUGGUGUCAUGAAAAAUCCUCAUUAAUUCAUCCCGUCGGCUGGGCUCAGAUUAUUGGACAUGCUUUGAAAUCUAAACCAGAAUACGCUAUGCAGUCUUUGAAAAAAACAUUGUUUCGAACUUUUGAUUCCAAUGAUGCAACAUGGGACAUGUUUUUACCUGCAUGUUAUCCCAAUAAAAACAUGAAGUAUAAGGAAGGAAUGAAACUCGAAGCAAUCGAUCCUCUUAACUUAUCAACAAUAUGUGUAGCUACUGUGUUAGAAGUAUUGAGAGACAAUUAUCUCAUGAUUGGAAUUGAUGGCAUGGCUACUGCAGAUGGAUCAGAUUCAUUUUGUUAUCAUGCAUCGUCGCCCUACAUCUUUCCAGUGGGAUUUUGUGAAUCUAAUUCAAUUGAUCUAACUCCUCCCAAAGGCUAUAAAGGUGAAUUUAAAUGGCAUGAAUAUUUGAAGAAAGCGAAAGCAAAACCAGCACCCUACGCACUGUUUCAAAGAGACAUCCCAAAUCAUGGUUUUAUUGAAGGGAUGUACCUUGAAGCGGUGGAUUUAAUGGAACCCAGAUUAAUUUGCAUAGCUUCAGUGACCAAAGUGAUUGGGAGCCUUCUGCGCAUUCACUUUGAAGGUUGGGAUGUUGCGUAUGACCAGUGGUGUGAUUGCGAAAGUCCCGACUUAUUCCCUGUUGGAUGGUGUGAAGUUUUGGGUUACCGAUUGGAACCACCACGAUCUGAUGAAACUGAAGAUAACCAGAAAUCUAAAAAGCUAAUGCCUGGAAAAAUAAAAAGAGGUCGAAAAAAGAUGAUAAGAAAAAAGAAUGAAGACUUUGGAGAAGUGACUGUCAAGAAGGAACCUGAUGAUAACAGUGAUUUAUAUUCUGGCACUGCUGCAUUGUCUGUAGAGGAUUCGAAUUCAGGAUCUGGCUGAAUCCUGUAUAAUUUGAAAUAUGGAUCUCCUUACAACUUCAGUAUUAAGAUAUUUGUUCUGUGAUAUUUAUUUAUUGGGAUUUAUCAUAAUCUUACACCAGCUUUUAUUUUAAACUAUUUAUUUGGUCAUCUCAUGUAGUGGAACUAUCAUUAUAUCAUAAAACAUAAGUUUAAAAGGGGCAGAAAAAUCUGUUUUUAGUUAUUCUUUCAUUUCUGCUUACUUUUCAAAAAUGCUUAUUAAAAACUUAAUACUUAUUUGUUCAUCUUUAGCAUGUUUUCAUCGUAUUUUAUAUUUUAAACUUUACAUCUGGCAUUAUAAUCACUUCCUGCAUUUAAUUGGUAAAAGAAAAAAAAGUCUAGUUUAGAAACAAGCAAGGAAAAACAAAUUAUAUUUUUUGUAAUUUUGUCUCUCGUUUAAAGAUAUGGGAACUUAACGAAUCUUAAAUUAUAUUGCUAAUCUUAAAUUAAAUGUUGAAAUUAAUCAAUGAAAAAAAUUAAAAUGUAUAACAUUGGUUUGUUGUAUUUGUACCUAAAGAACAACAAUCUAGUUAUCAAGUGUGUGUGUGUCUUGGCACUCAGGCGUGUCAUAGAGAGACAAGAUAUGCUGCAAGUUCUCUAUGAUUUCAAGCCUUAUAUUAAUUUUCAAUUUUAAUUUGUUGCUAUUCAAAAUUAAAACGUUUCAAGGAAAAGGUGAAAAAAUUUUGGACUUAUGUGAAAUAUGAGUAUCCUAUCUUAAGUGGGGGGAAAAAAGGCAAUGAAAGUUCUCAUUACCGUUCGUGUAUAUGUGAAGAAUGUUGUGUUUGAUAUUCUGUCAUUUUAUUUUACUGUUAUUGUAAUAUUUUUAAAUUAAAGACAUAUAUGCUACGUGUCAGGCAAAUUUUUAUUUUUGUGUGUACUAUAUUUGUUAGUCCUUAACAGAGCUGGUAUAUACUUGCUGUGGAAUUUUAAAAAAUUCUUUUGCUUAUUUUUUUUCUAUUUUUUAUUGAAAUGUUUAAGCAAAUGAAUUCAUUCUCUCUCGAAAAGAGAGUGGCAUUCUUUUGUUUGAGUAACAACUCUGAAAAAUAAAUCCAUUACCAUUAUGAUAAAUAAAGACUGUCUUUAAUAUUUUUGCAUCAUAUUAUAACUUGAACUUAUAAUAAUAUUGCCGUCAUAAAAAUUUCUGAUACUUGUUUUAUUUUAGAUUUUUUAUUUUAUUUACAUUUAAAAAUUUUAACGAUUCUUGUUCCCGGUGAAAGGUUUCUAUAUGUGUUGAGAUAUUUUUCAAAUUUCUUUAUUCAUUGUUAAAAGCAAAAUAAUUGAAUGAGAAAGCUUAUUUGUUCUUAAUAAAAAAAAUUAAUUUUAUGUCUGUGUAUUUGUUUUAAAUUUUGAAAUCAUAAAGUUUAAAUCAGGUCUAGCCAACACCUGGCCUGCUAGCCACAUGAAUUUAUGAUGUAAACCCAAGACCUUCUAUUAAUAGGUUACUGAAACAAAGAAACCUAACAUAUUAGUAGCUUUUUUUUAUUUCAGGAUUAGCAAAAUAAGUUCAAAAGUUUGAAGAUUUUUCAUGCUCAUUUCAUGUUGACAUCAGUAAUGUUUCUAAAAAACUGGAAAUAAUGUUAAUUGAAUCCCAGUGCAACAAUGAUAUAAAAUAAAUUUUUGAUCUAUGUCCAGAAUUUUUAUUUUUUCAAUAUUUUAAUUAAAUCCUAAAGAUACUUCAACAUUAGAUAUUUAGUGUGACUAUCUGUAAAAUGCUUUUGGCUCCACCAUUUUUCAAAGAUAAAAUUUUUCAAAGAGUCCAUCGCAUUCUUAUUAACUGAUCACAAUUUUGAAAUCCAGCAAAGAUUUGCAAUGUCGAACAUAAAUAUCAUAGAUGAACAAACCUUUUUACUAAAGGUUAUUAUAUUUAUAUCAUAAUAUAAUAAUGAAGUUUGAAUCAUUUUGUGCAGUAAAACUUCCAGGAAAGACCACCUCUAUUUAGGACCACUUUUGGGAGGCACAGAAUUUUUUACAUAGACUUUGUGUUGAAGAAAACCUUUAGGAGAGACCAUCAAAACUUCUCCCAGUGCCUGGGUAAGCCUCCGCACCAAAUGUGGAAAAGGCCAAAAAAGGAAACACCAAAAAAAAAAAUUAUUAAAACAAAAAAUAUUAACCAAACAAAAAGUAUAUUAAUAUAUAUUCAAAAUAUUUGUGUGAAGCUCUUAUUUAGAGAGUUCUUUUUGACGAUCUGUGAAAAAGAUUUAUAACCCCAAGUUGAAGUCAGAUUGCACUAAAGACGAUGCUAUCUAUGAUUCAUUUUUAGAGCUUAAAGUGAAAUUAGAAAGAAGAAAAAGUUCUUUCAGAAAUAACUAAGCAUCUCAAACAGACCUCUUCUCGCCAUUUAAAUCUAACUCAUUGUUAUAUAAAAUUAAAUACAAACUUCAAAAAACAUAAUUGUUUAUUUAUUUAAAAUAGUUCUAUCAUUCAUAAUUGGUAAAUUUGUUUUUAGACAAUAAUUAUGUCUGUGAGAAUAAUUUUUAUUGACGCUAAAUUUUGACAAGUGGCACCCGAAAAAAUGACACUGACUAAAGUUAAAAUCGUUUGCAAAAAAUCAUGUACCUUCUAUAUCAUUUUAAAAUCGAUGGAGGUAACACCUAAGAACCACCACAAUCUCCAUUAACAGGGAUUUUACUGCGGAUUCACUGUAUUUGUAUUAUCGUGGUUUGUUUAUUAAUACCACACUGUUAACUUAGACACAUAUAUAACAUAAAACGUAGAAUAGAUUUGGACAUUAUAGAAAGACACCAUAGUAUGUGAUCUGUUUAUCAAUGAACUUUGUGGCGAUUGUAGUUGGCACAAACUCUCUCUUUCCAAUCUUAGUCACUGCCACAGUAUUAUAUUUUCAAAAACAUGUUUAUCAGAAGUACAGCUCACUUAAAAGUUUCUCAUCAGCAAAGUGGCUUUUUAAAUCAUUUGGGUUGGUCUGAUCUGAUUUAGAUAUUUCCAAAAUUUGAGCACUCUUAUUUCCGUUUGUAUUAUUAUUUUGUGUUUUCUCAAAUGAAUACUAAGUGGCAUCUAGCCUUGUAAAAAUUUAAGCUUAGAUUGAAUGAUAUUUGCAUAUCUAUUAUAAAAUUUUUUCUCCUGACUUUGUAUAAAGUCUAUAAAAAUAUGCAUACACUUAAAUUGAUAACUUAUAAAAGUAAUCUAUCGAUUCAUAUGUAAUUUUUCCACCAAAAAAGGAAUAUUUUCUUACUUGUUAUUGUAGUUUAUUCAAUACUCUGUACUUUUGGAAAAUUUUAUUUCCUCACUUGAUAAAAUUUUCUCUUACUGUGGAGAUGGACAUGUAAGCUUCUUUUAUUUAUUUGUUUUUGAGAGUUUUUUGUAGAUGGUGUAUUUAGUUCAUUAUUUCGAUAUUUAACCUGGUAACAAUAAAAUAUAGUUUAAUAAGAUGUAUACUUUUUGCAAGGUAUUAUCCAAAGUUUAUUUGAAUGGAGUAUAAUUAAAUACUUUUAUUUUUAAAUGAAAGUAUUAUAUAUUUGAUUUUCAAUUAAUUAUGUAUAUUGUUUACAUAUGUGGUUUUGAGUUUGAUUGACUUUUUUCUGAAAAACAGCGAAAAGAGAAAUAAUUUUUGUUCAUUAAAUUUUGUUGAAAAAAUCAAAUUACUCUGCUAAAAGCUAUUUUUCUAUUUGUAACUUAAAUUGAAGUUUAACCUGAUAAUCUAGAAUACUUUUGUAAUAUGAAACGUUUACAUAGGGUUAAUUAAAUAAAGAAAAAAAAUUUCUUUUUUGUACAAUUCAUUACUUGCAGAGGAAAAUGAGAGGUUCAUUGAAAUUUUGAAAACAAUGUGUGUCAUUUAAAAUUAUUGCUUACUUGUAAAAACUUUAUUCUGAAAAGGCAAUUUUGAUAUGAAUGCAAGAGAAUGUUCUUAACUCAUAAAAUUUUGUUUCGAUUGCUGAUGUAUAAAUGAUUUGAUUAUAAAGUUCAUAAAAUUCUUUUUUGAAUUACACUCAAACUUUUUCAUAACGAAAGCAUAGGGACUGAAAUAAUUGCUUUCAAAUUCAUUAGUGAUCCAGAAAAUUUUUAAUAAAAGUUCAUUUUUUAUCAUAUUUUAAUUAACUCUGCUACGAAGGAAGUAUUAUGUUAUUUAUGAUUUAACUGGGUUUUUUUUGCAAUUAUUCAUUAUAUAACACUCAUGGAAUAAAAUUCAAUAAACUAGAACAUUACUAAUAGCAUGUAAUUCCAAAAAUUCAAAUAUUUGAUCAGAAUCAUAGAUGCAUAAGAUUGAAGCACUUUAUUAUUUUAAACAAAAUCUUUUACAAAAGUGUAUUUUAUUAAGCCACGGCCAUCUUAAUCUCAUGCUCAUGCUGGUGUUUUUCUUGUUACUUCAAUUUAGUUUGUAUUUUUGUUAUUUGUUUAUUUAUUUUUUGCUGCUCUGUUAUGACUCAACUGAUCAAUUGUUUGAGUCACUGUUAACUCUCAACAUAUUGAGUAAUUUAUAAUAAAAUAAAUGAGUGUCCUCUCAUUGUUACCCAUUGCAGUGAAUGAAGAACUGUCUUAAACAAAGCACAAAUGCCACCAGUGAUUGCAAUUCGUAAUAACAUUCUGUGUUACUAAAUAUGGCAUCAAUAAAUAAAAAAUAUGCUAUCCUAUUUUGUAAUUGUGCUGUACUGUUUGCAAUAUGACGUGUACUAUUUACCAUUCAAUUUGUUAAUCCAUUUAACUUUAGCUGAAGACAUAAAAAACUGAAAAUAACACUCAAAACUUGACAACCCUGACGCAUGUUUUGUGUCCUGAUAUUAAUUUUCUUAAGCCGAUUUACGACUCACAAUUUUAUUUAUAAAUUGCAGAAAAAUCUGAGAAUUCUAAAAUUAUUCACUGGUAAAAUUAUUUCAGGAGAUUUAAAUGCAAAUCUUAACGAUAAAAUUUCUUUGAAAACCAAACCUGUUCUCUCAUUAUCUUGUAAACAUAAGAUAAGAGGAAUAAUACAAUGGAAGUUUUUAAAAUUCUGUUCUGGUUUAAGAAUUUUGUUAUAUUCUUCGCUCAGUUUCCCUCCAUUCUACAUUUCAACUAAAAGAGAGUUUUAAAGCGAUUUCGUAGAAAAAGAAAUUUCUACAAACACAUAAUUUUCUUUCCUGAUGUCUUUCAAUAAAAUAAUUUUCAAAAAGUUUAUAAAAAAUUUCUUGUUAAAUUCAUAUUAUGCUCGUAGCAAAUAGCAGUAUGAUUUUACAUUGCUUUUUAAACAUUAGACCUAACAUUUUUUUUUUUUUAAAUCUCUUGCUAUAUACAUAAUCUCCUUUAUUUUGGUACUCAGAGUAAACAAGAUUAACAGUAAAAAUAAGCUAUUCUUGCUGCAUAAAGCACAAAAAAAAAAGAAGUUUUAAAUUUAUUAAUACAUAAAGAUAAAGCAAAAUUGUAUUCUAAGAUAAAUUUACAACCAAUUUUCUUAGAAAAUGUUAUCUAAGUAUAUGAAAAGCCCUCAAAAGUUCGUAUUCAUUUUUUUAUUUUUAUGUUAUCUACCAUGAAAGUCAUGUAAUUGAAUGAGAUGUUAAUAUGUUGUCUUUUGCUUAUUUUUAAAUAAAAGAUUAUAUUAAUUUUAAUUUCCAAAUUUUUGUGUUGUCCCUAAGAUGUGGAUAUUUACCUGUCAUGUUUUAGUUAUUCUAAAAAUUCACUAUUAUGUACUAACUCAUACAUUUUUGUUAGAAACUUGUGAGAAUUUUUAUUAAAUUUAUAAAAUUUUUAAA